ACCCCUUUUAACAUAUAUGUGGUUUGUUAUUGCCUUUUUUGGAGUAGAAAAUUCCACUAGCUAAUUUGAAUUUUAAAUUUCUAAAGUUUCCAGGUUUUUUGGUUUUUGUUUUUUUGGUUUUUGUUUUUCAUGUUAGGACUUGCAGAGAACACUAUUAUGUGCAUAAUUAUUGUGUUGCAGCUAGACUAUCUAUGUUGUUGAAAUUAACUUAUGAUUUAAGAAGAUGCCCUUUCCUUGUUCCUUCAUUAUUGUCAUAUUCUUUUUGUAAUUGUUUUAGGAUGUACCUCACUCUUGUUUAUGUUUGUUUAGUGUCAUGAAUGAGGUGUCCAUUAGACAAUAUGUAAGAUGGGCAUUCUUGCGCUUUCCAGAAAAAUGAUGGUCUAAUCUUGGGGGAAGUCUUACCUGCCAUGCUUAUUUGAGAAUGAGAGAUGGGGAAGUAUAAUUGUGAUGACAUAGGCUAUGAUAAACCCGAUGGAUGGUUAAAGCAUUUGAGGAGCUGGGGAAACAUCCAUUACUCGUUUCAAUUUGAUAAUAUUUUCUUUGAGAUGUUUGUUGGAUGAAUUCCUAUUUUCCAUUUGUGCUAAUUAUGCAAGGUUUGUAAUUUUUGUAGCAUUAACUCGAAAAAAAAUGGGAGGUGGAAAGGACAAGAAUGAGAGUGAGACCACUGACAAAGGGCUGUUUUCACAUCUUUCUGGGUAUGCUGUUGGACACUACCCUCCACAUGGAUCAUAUCCGCCGCAGCAAUAUCCAGCACAAGGAUAUCCUCCUCAGGGAUAUCCCCCACAUGGAUAUCCUGCGCAAGGGUACCCACCGGCUGGUUAUCCUCCUCCUGGUGGAUACCCGCCGGCUGGUUAUCCUCCUCCCAGUGGAUACCCGCCGGCUGGUUAUCCUCCUCCCAGUGGAUACCCACCAGCUGGUUAUCCUCCUCCGGCCGGAUACCCACCAGCUGGUUAUCCUCCCCCAGGUGGAUAUCCUCCAGCCGGGUACCCUCCAGCUGGUUAUCCCGGGCCAUCAGCUCCUUAUUAUCCUGGUCCAUCAGCUCCACAUUAUCCUGGACAUGGAUCUGGUAUGGGAGCAUUGCUAGCUGGUGGCGCUGCUGCAGCAGCUGCCGCUUAUGGGGCUCACCAUUUGACCCAUGGUGCUCAUCAUUUUGGGCACAGGCCCUUCUUUGGCCAUGGUUAUGGCAAAUUCAAGCAUGGCAAGUUUAAGCAUGGGAAGUUUGGAAAGCGGUGGAAGCAUGGCAUGUUUGGGAAGCACAAAGGCUUUGGGUUCAAGAGAUGGAAGUAAUUAUUCCAGCAUGUUAAACUUUUCUAUCUGAUUUUACUAGUAUUGGCUUUGUUACAUAUCUGUCCUAACUAAUUUAGAUUGGAUUCAAGGUGUCUACUCAUUCAUAAACACAUAUUGCUUUUUAAUAUGAUUUCCAUAUGUUAAAUAUGAAUUGAUUGGAUCUCUUGUGUAAAAGGGUGGUGUUUUUUACCUCUUUGUUAAUGAACUUGGUAUUGUUGCAGGAGGAAAGUAGUCCCCUGUAUAGAACUCCAUUAACUUGUAAGAAAGUGAGACAUUUUUUUUUAGUAUAUGAAAGCAAGUUUGACUGUA